AAGAAUAGUGCUCAAAAACGUAACACGGAGGAACCUAACAGAAGAUCACCGAUUGAGUGAGAAAAUGACAGCUUCAUCACCAAAACAGUUAUUAAAAGCUCACCGUUAAUUAGGUAUCCAGCUUUUGCCGACUCCAGCCAUGUCUUGUCGUGACAUUCACGCCACCAAUGCGUUCGCCUUUGUCAUUGCGAUGCUGUCGGUGGGCGGUUUGACUGUCGCUACACUCAUUCCUCAGUGGAGAACCAUGCGCCUGCUUACCUUCAACCGCAAUGCCAAAAAUGUGACCGUAUACGAUGGCUUGUGGACCAAGUGUGUGCAGCGGGAUGGCUCUUCGGGCUGCUAUUACUUUGACUCAGACUGGUACACAAAAGUGGACCAGUUGGACCUCAGACUGCUGCAAUUCUGUUUACCUACUGGUCUGCUGUUUUCCAGCUUGGCUCUUCUGCUCUGUCUCACUGGCAUGUGUAAAACUGCUUGCUGCUCCAAAACCCCUGACGACAUCAAGAACUCUCGCUGCUUGGUCAACAGCUCAGGCUGCCAUCUAGUAGCUGGGAUGCUUCUGUUUCUAGGUGGAGCAAUCGCCAUGCCACCCUCCGUCUGGUUCCUCUUCCACACCCGUCACCUUAAUGAGCGCUACGAUCAUUUAUUUGCUGUUGAGUUUGGGGUGUAUGUGGCCAUCGGCAGUGCUGGUGGUCUAAUCCUGGCUGCUUUGCUGAUGUUUAUGUGGUAUUGUAUGUGUAAAAAACUACCUUCGCCUUUCUGGCUGCCUCUUCCUGAAGUGCCCACGAUGACCCACAGCCUCUCUGCGCAGCCUCUCAUGACCAACGGAUUGCCUACUCCGGUGACAUACGCACCCCAGAGCUUCCCUCCAGCCGUUCUGGACGCCCCUGCUUUUGUCCCAAUGCAGGGUUACCCUCAGCCUGCACCCACACAGCCUAUGCCGCCCCACGUCUACAUGCCACAGAUGUCUGUGCCGGACGGUUAUGGCUCAGAAGUCGGAGCCUCGCAGGUUUAUAGUUAUGCCCCCUCUCAAAGCUACGCUCCUUCUCAGGGAUAUGCUCCAUCACAAAGCUACGCCCCAUCACAGAGGUACGCCGGACACCGAUAUUCGACACGCUCCCGAACGUCAGGCAUUGAGAUUGACAUUCCUGUCCUCACAGAUUGACAUUGAGAUUGGCUGUCUAAGGAUAUUUCAAAUCAAAAAGGUCAUAUUUAGAUAUUAGAGAACAACUCUGAUGGUAAAUUUGAAGCCAUGUACAUGGUUAAAUAGAAAGAAAAGCCUUUAUUUGGUUGAUGUCGCAUCUAAUUCCUACCACUAAAAUGGCCAGAACAAUCGGAAAAGUGAUUUGAGCAGAUAGAAAGGUGACAUUAUAUCAAAUACCCUCUUAUUACAAUUAAAGCCUGCAGAAAUGCAACACUGAACACUUUAAACCUUGAAGCAGAUGAGCUACAGCAGCAGAAGAAGAGCACACUGAUGACACUCCAGUCUGCUAAGAAAACUGAGGAUACAAUUGACAAACUCAACAAAACUAGAUAACAGAAGGUUGCCUGAUCUGAUAAAUCUUAGGCCUAAUCCCAGUUCUACCUCUUAACCCUUUCACUUUCUCCUACGCCUUCAAUCAAAAGAGAAUCAGUAAGCGAAAGUGCCAUAUAUAUCAAAUCAAAAAGGUCCUAAUUAGAAACAAAUAAACAACUCGGAUGGUAAAUUUGAAGACAUGUAAAUGGUUAAAUGAAACAUAAGACUUUAUUCAGUUGAUGUCACUGAUGCCUCUUAAUUAUUAGCACUGAAAUUGGCCAAAAAAUAGGAAAAAAACUUGCAAAAAGUGAUUUGAGCAGAUAGAAAGGUGAUCUCUCAAAUAACCUCUUAUUACAACUGAAGUCUGCACAAGAGCAACUUUGAACACAUCAAACCUUGAAGCAGGGGAGCAACAGCAGCAGAAGAGCACACUGGUGACACUCCAGUCUGCUAAGAAAACUGAGACUCCAAUUUACUUGAGCUCAACAAAACUAGAUAACAGAAGAUUGUAAGAAGGUCUUAGACCCAAUCCCAGUUCUACCUCUUAAGCUUUACACUUACUGAUUCUCUUUUGCUUGAAGCCGUAGGAGUAAGCGAAAGUGCCACAUAUAUUAAAUCAAAAAGGUCAUAAUUGCAAAUUAGAGAACAACUCUGAUGGUAAAUUUGAAGUCAUGUAAAUGGCUAAAUAGAAAGAUCAGCCUUUUUCAAUUGGUAUCGCUUCUUAUACUUAGCUCAAAAUGGGCAGAAAAAUAGGAAAAGUGAUUUGAGCAGAUAGAAAGGUGACAUUAUCUCAAAUAACCUCUUAUUACAACUAAAGCCUGCAGAAGAGCAACACUGAACACUUCAAACCUUGAAGCAGAUGAGCUACAGCAGCAGAAGAAGAGCACACUGAUGACACUCCAGUCUGCUAAGAAAUUGAGAUGCCAAUAGACAUGAGCUCAACAAAACUAGAUAACAGAAGAUUCUAAGAAGGUUGCCUGUUCUGAUAAGUCUUAGGCCUAAUCCCAGUUCUACCUCUUAACCCUUCCACUUGCUGAUUCUCUUUAGCUUGGAGGCAUAGGAGUAAGUGGAAUUGUCAUAAAUAUAAAACCUAAAAGUUCAUGAUUAGAAACUAGAGAACGACUCUGAUGGUAAAUUUGAAGUCAUGUAAAUGGUUAAACUGAAAGAUAAGCCUAUAUUCAGGUGACGUAACUGAUGCCUUAUAAUUCUUAGCACUAAAAUGGCAAAAAAGGGAAAAUGGUCAUGAAAGCAAUAACACUAGCAGACGUUGUGCAUUACCCUUUAUAAUAGUUUCUUUCAUGAAACACAAGCAAAACAAAGUUGUGGUUAUAAAUUCACUGAGUAUGUAAAAGUGACAGGUUUACGUAUCAUUUCACUUCAUUCAUCCUCAUGUUUUGUGUUGUUACUCUGCUUUUAAAUGUCAGUAGAAACACUGAAUAUUAAGUUGAUUUUAAGCACUAUUCUAAUCUUUACGUGAAUAUUUCUGCUAAUAUCUAAAUGUGAUUUAUUCAAUAUUAGAAACUGAUGUAACCAACACUGACUGCUGAAACUGUAGUACUCUCAGUGCCAUGAAGUUCAAUGUUUCCUUUUUGAUGCUUAGGUAAUAUGUUGGAUUAUUGCUCUAAUAUCGUGUUUCAUGGGAUUCAUGCAGAUGUUACAUAUCUAUAUUUGAAGGACUAAUGAGUUUUUUUGGUUGUUGUUUAUUUUAUUAAUGAAUUUUGUCUAUCUUUAAUUUCUGUUGUUGGUUUUUAAAACUGUCAAAAUUAGUUUAUAUAUAUAUAUAUAUAUAUAUAUAUAUAUAUACACACACAUUGAAUCAUCUCUGCCUGAUGCCUUUGUGCAGCUUAACCCUUGUUAUCAGAACUGUUCUUCCACUUAUUAAUUUUAUGCUUUAUAAUGAGCCUUACAUCAACAAGCCAUUAACUAAACACUGUGCUGCAUUCCACUCUUUUCUUAUAAAUGUAAAUGUUUUUUUAUUGUUGUUCUUGUGUUUUAAAGGUGUCACCAGCGUAGUCAUCAUUGUGCAACUCAGCAUUUGAAUAAUGAAUGCUCUAUUAAUGUGUUUGUUUACUGUUACAGUCACUUGUUUCAUAGCUGAACUGAGGAGAAAGGCACUAAUGUUUUAAACUUGAUCUUCGCCUAUUGAAUAUUGCACAGCUCUAUUUCAGUUUGCCUGUCUCUGCAAAGCUCAGCAGCAUAAUGUUAAUCUUACUCGCUGUGUAGUCUACUAAUGUCUUAAUGUUUUUUUUUAUUAAAGUGCAGUUUAUUGAAUGAAA